GGAGGAGGAGGAGGAGGAGGCGGCUGAGGUUGCUGUCGCCGUGGCAGCGGAAGGCCGCUCUGGAGGCGGGAGGGGUAGUUUGGAGCGACCCGUCAGCAGCGGGGCAGGAGGCUGAAAAGAAUCCGUAAUGGCCAAAGACAUCCUAGGCGAAGCAGGCCUUCACUUCGAUGAGCUGAACAAACUGAGGGUUUUGGACCCGGAGGUGUCUCAGCAAACAGUUGAGCUGAAAGAGGAGUGCAAAGUAUUUGUAGACAAAAUUGCAGAAUUUAAAAAAAUAGUGGGGAACCUCAUUGAGCUUGUCGAUCAACUUGGAAAAACAACUGAAAAUGAGAAGAUUAAGGCGAUAGGUGCCCGCAACUUGCUGAAGUCAAUAGCAAAGCAAAGGGAAGCUCAACAGCAGCAGCUUCAGGCGCUGAUAGCCGAGAAAACGACCCAGCUUGAAAGGUAUCGAGUUGAAUAUCAAACGCUAUGUAAAAUAGAAGCGGACCAGAAUGAAUUCAUCGACCAAUUCAUUUUCCAGAAAUAGAGAGAGAAUUUAAGACCAGGGAAAUUUUGAACCAUUCCAGCUGCCUCAUGUUUUGUUUGGGUUUGUUUGUUUGUUUUAAAAAAAAGGGGCGGGGCAAUUUUCACAUUUUUUUUUAAAGUUGACUGAGAUCACACCUCAAGAAGAAGAAAAAAGCUCAGAGCUUCAUUUUAAAUAUUCUUUGGAUCUACUUUUCAGGUUGGCAAUAAAACAUUUCUGAAAGCUAUAGGGACAGCAACAACUAUUGUAUUUUUAAAGUUUUUUUUUCAUGUCCAGGCAUUUCUAGUCAAAGUUUAAAACUAAUUCUUACAAUGUUUUUACACAGCUUUUCCCACUGUUGUUGUUUUUUAAAAACUGUAAAAUACUUUCAAGGAAAUCAGGUAAUAAAUUAUU